ACAUGUUUCAAUUUUUUUAUUUUGACGUCACUCACUGUCAUCAAGCAAGUCUCUUCCCUUCCUCCACUGAAAGCUACCGGCACUCCGCAAUGGUGUUGGUGAUUGGUGAGACAUUAAGGAGAGAAGUAGAGCAAACGUAGAUUAGUAACAGAAUCAGAGGAUGUCACAGCAGCAAGGCACUUGGUUAAUGAACACCUAUGCUUCGUUCCAUAGAAGGCAUGAACGGCUCAAGAAUUACGUCCACAAUGGAUUCCGAUACCCCUUGCCACCGUGGGGCCGAGCAGUGAUGGGGUUCGUCUACUUUACACUCCCAGUGAUCGGUGGCUAUCACGUGAUGCAAUGGGCAAUCUCAAAGUCGCAUGAAGAAAUUGGAGAAAGAGGAGAAAAACUACGGAACAAGCGCAUCGAAGGGAUUGGCGACAAAGUGGUGGUAGAUGAGGCCACCGGUCAAACGAAAAAGGUCGGAGCGGGUGGUUGGGGCGGUGGCGUCAAUUUGGCCGUCAGCAACGAAACCAUCCAAGAGCGCAAUCUAAGAAGGCUGAAAAAGUGGUUGAAGAAGCAGCGCAAAUUAAAAAGGAAAAGGGAGAAGGAAGAGGCUGCCAAGCUACAACAAACAGUAGAAAGCAACACAGAUAGCUGACAAGGGUGGCAGCCAACAACGGACAGAACAUGCAUGGGACCUUGCCAUUCAGCACAAAGGCAGCCAUCCAACCAACCAACCGAUCAGCCACGAAACAAGCAAGUUUUUGCAUGAUAUGAUUGAAUGGAUUGGCGAUAUAGAUGACUUGUCAGGAUCCGGGACUUGCUUCUAACCUUCUGGACAAUCAGUGGUGACUAGUUGUUUCGAAGAUCAUGAACACCGUGUCAUGGCUGGCUGCUCUUCACUGCUUUCUUGUUUAAAAGCAGCCAACGAAGGCAGGAAGUUGAGCCUGGCUGCAUUUCAAUCUGCACACGUAAUGAAAUAUGUAACGACUGACCUUCAUGCGCCUGCCAGAGUGAUGCAUGGCAUGAUGGGAAAGUCUGAUGACCUACCGUAGAAUAUCUUUAUAGCUAUCAUAGAUACGGUAUCUGCGGCAGAGCGCAAUCAUAGUUCUGAGCGAAUGGAAGAGAGGAUGGUGAUUCAAUCGUCGCUACAGGCCUUCUGCUUCUAUACUUAUGUGCAUGU